AUGUUGGCUCAUUGGUUGACCGCUGCGCUACUACUCGGAUUUGUGCACUCGUCGAUAAGAGUUAAACGGAACGGCUUCACCAAUAGCUAUGGCUACGGCCCGAUGGGCGUCGGGCCGACGAAUGGUGGCUUCGAUAGCUUUGGGUUUUACCGAGACAAAUACUACAACGCAGGCCUUCCGCCGCUCUAUACCUUCCAAGCCUAUCGAAACUACUACCACGAGAUCUCUUUCCACAAAAACAAAUACGGGCAACCGGCGCCGAGCACCUUUGAAGAGUUGCAGCAGGAGAGAUAUGGGCCCUAUUACAAGGGCGUCUGGGGCUACGCGCAUCAAUCACCCAACUGGUUCGGC